GCUUGUCUGACCUGUCCGCAAAGCCCCGGUUUCGGCUGUGUUACACGCCAUAGACCACUCAUCUAACGCAACGAAACAGACGUAACACUUCUAAAGACACGACUGCACAAGUAUGCGGACUUUCACCCUCAUCGCCCUAGCUCCUGCCGCGGUCUCAGCCUUUGCGCCCAAAGCUGCGGCGCCGCGUGCCGUCGCGCUGUCGAAGGCCACCGUCGAGGACGCGGUGGUAGACGUCGUCGAAGCCGUAAUCGAGGACGUCGACGUCAAGGACGAGCUCCUCUCCGUAGUCGGCGCCGCCGUCGGCGACAGCGUGUCGUCGGACCUCAGAGAUGAAGUGAGCGAGCUCCUCGUCAAGAUGGAGAGCAAGAACCCGACGGCCGAGCCGGCCACGUCCGCUCUCUUAAACGGCGUCUGGGACGUCGCCUACCAGGGCUACGCACCGGGGCCGCUACCCUCGCCGACGCGGCCGCUCGCGCUCGCUUUGUACGCCGGCGGCUUCACGCCCGGCGUCGCGGGGCUCACGGCGGCGCGCAUGUUACCUGAUGCGUUGGCCGACGUCGGUUCCCUCGAAAUCGCCAUCACGCGCGACCAGCCGCGCGUCACGGCGUCCACCAGUGUCUCUUUGGCCGGCCUCGGCGCCCAGGACUUCGAGGUGCAGACGUCGCUCGAGGCCGAGACCGGUAUUAGGCUCAAAGAGACCUACGCGUCCCUCAAGGCGUUUGGGCGGGAGCAGGACAUCCCGGCGAACCUGCGCUACAGCCGGAAGCUCUUCGUGACGUACCUUGACGAGGACAUCCUGGUCAUGCGCGACGAGAGCGGCGUGCCCGACGUGUUGCUCAGGAAGGGGGCCCCUGAGGGCGCUUCUUUACCCGACGAAGGCGUGCCGGGCGACGGGAGCGACGAGGCGCCUUGAGUAGGUCCUUCCCUUUUGUCUUAAGCACUAUGUCAUUCCUCC